AUGGACCGCGUCCGAGAUCUCCGGAAAGUCCAAGCAGAACGUGUGAAGACGAGCCACGACGAGCUGAUCCGCGUCGCCAACGAAAGACUGGAGUCCAGCCCGUGGCUGGCCCGUGUAGGAUGGGCGGUGCACUUAAAAGGGCUCAGUGCCAGCGCACUCUUCAACACAACAGCUCCCAUCAAUGAAGAUGAGGUCGUGCUUCAGGCGAUGUGGGCGACGGUCGACCGCGUGCUGGACCAGGCUCGAGCAACGUCUGCGCCCAAUACCGUCGGGCUGGCCGUGCUGUUCGAGGCGCAGCGUACAGAAGCGCACGUCAAGCCAAGGCGGCCGUUCGACAACCGCAUGGAGGACGACACGUGGGCGAGAUACAAGGGCGUGUGGCUAUGUCUGCUGUGUGUCUGGUUCCGCACGCAGGAAAUGGACGACGACAAGCGGCCACCGUAUAAACUGACGCCGUCACAGGCAGAAGCGUGGGACUUGUUCGAGCAGAUGGCGGAAGUAGCCAGCACGGGGACGGGGCAUCAGACGCAGGAGAAGCUGGAACGCGCAGCACUCGACAUGCUCAUCAGCAUGCUGGACCACCAGCUGAAGGGCGGAGACUACAGCAGUGCUCUUCUCAGCGCUCUCGCGGUGAUGGGCAUUGCCGAGAAUGGCGGCUGGGUUCAGAUCACGGACUACACGACGAAGUACUCGGCCGUGGUCAAGGUAGCGCGCAUGCUGGUGAUCCAUCAGGCAUACACCGAGCGUCGUGACGAGGUCGCCGAGCUGGAAACGUCUCUGGGGAAGGAUGAAGCAGAGGACGCGGCGCGGAGUUUAUUCCAGCACACGCGGGCGAAGGUGCGGCGGUUCAUGACGCGGACGACGGGCGACAAGGAUGCGGAGCCGACACCGAAGGACUGGAUUCUCGAGACGCGGACGUACGGGAUGCACAUCCAAUAUAACACAGCAGCGGCCGGUGUCAUCGACUGGGUCGGUGAUCGCGUGUCAUACAGACGGGUACGGUUCACGAUGGGGCAGCUGUCGGACGCACUACAUGAGCUGGUCCGAGAGACGCGGGAGCUGCUCGCAGAGCUGACGGCGACGGAGGAUUCGGGUUCGGCGGACGGUCCGGAAAGCGACGUCCGGUCACAGCUGCCAGCCAUCCCAUGGUCGUCGAUCGAAGACGACCACAGCGAGACAAAGCCCGGGUACUCGUUUCUCGCCGACGACCGCAACAGCUGGGUUUCCGCCGGGGACGGCUGGCUGUUCAUGCGGCUGGCGCGGUCGCCCGCCGCUGCGGAACGGUGGGGACUGAGCAGCAUAGGCAACGGUCGCGGGACGACAGACCGGCCGUUCCAGCCGUCAGCCGUGCAGGAGUUCGGUAGGACGUUUGAACGACUCCGCGAGCGACUGUGGAUGCUUCUGCACAUGCUCGGCGGACAGCCGGCGCGGGCGAGCGAGCUCGCAGGUCUGCGGACGGUCAACACGGUCAACGGGGGCGUCCGCAACAUCAUGGUGCACGACAAAAUGUUGUGCUUCAUCACAGCGUACCACAAAGGAUACCGGACGACCGGGCAGGCGAAGGUGAUCCACCGAUAUCUCCCGAGGGAGGUCGGCGAGCUUAUCAUAUGGUUUCUCUGGCUCAUAUUGCCGUUCUGGCAGGAGGUGUAG